GCAUCAGCCAAAAUGGUACUCAAAUCGCGCUGGCAGAUAGACAUCCCGCAAGUCUCUCUUCCGACCUUCAUCUUCGAAUCGCCCACCGCCGAGCUCCCAACUACGCCGCACUUCAUUUCCGCCAAAGAGCCCGACAAGCACUUCCUGUCCAUCGCAGACUACCGCCUCUAUGCGCAGCGCUUCGCAUCUGGGCUUCUGCGCUCGGGUCUCCAGCAGGGCGACCGCGUGUUGCUCUUCUCGGGAAACACACUCUUCUUCCCAUCCGUCGUGCAGGGCGUCAUCAUGGCAGGCGGCGUCUUCACCGGCGCGAACCCCACAUACGUCGCCCGCGAACUCGCAUACCAAUUGAAGGACUCCGGCGCGCGAUACCUCAUCUGCGCGGAGGGAAGCCUGGAUACGGGCAUCGCGGCCGCGAAGGAAGCCGGGCUCACCGCGGACCAAGUGUUCGUUUUCGACGACGGCGUCGCGACGUUCGAGGGCAGGAAAGUCGAGAAGAAGAGCGAUUUGGGGACGCUGCGGCACUGGACUGCGCUGUUGGAUACCGAGGAGAACGGCCGCAGAUACGCGUGGCCGGACCUCCGGACGGAGGAGGAACUCGAUCAGGUUAUUGCGCUGAACUAUUCUAGCGGGACGACGGGCGUGGCGAAGGGCGUGAUGAUAACGCACAAGAACUACGUUUCGAACUGCAUGCAGCAGAUUUUCAUCGCGGAGCAGCAUCCGGAGUACGAGGCGAGGAAGAAGACGCAGCGGGGUUUGUGCUUUCUGCCUAUGUACCACGCGAUGGCGCAGGCUGUCUUCACGGUCAAUUAUGCGGUCGUUAGGAGCCCGACCUACAUCAUGCCCAAGUUCGAUUUCCUCGAGAUGUUGCAGUAUAUCCAGAAGUACCGGAUUACUGACUUGACGCUCGUGCCCCCGGUCGUCGUGGCCAUGGCGAAACACCCUGCGACGAAGAAGUUCGAUUUGAGCUCUGUGUUGAACGUGGGUAGUGGUGCGGCUCCUCUGGGACGCGAGGCCUGCGAGCAGCUUGAGGCGUUGUGGCCGGAUGGCAGGGUCAAUGUCAAGCAGGGAUGGGGUAUGACGGAGGUGACUUGUGCAGCGACGACAUUCAGUCCUGCGAUCCGUUCCGAUAGUUUCUCUGUAGGCGAGUUGCUGCCGAACGUUGAGGCUAAGAUUGUGCUCGACGAUGAAGGCAAGGUAGAGGCACCACAAGGCGAGAGGGGAGAAGUGUGGAUCAGGGCACCAAAUCGGAUGAAGGGCUACUGGAAGAAACCUGAGGCAACCAAGGAAACCAUUACUCCAGAUGGGUGGUUGCGAACGGGUGAUGUCGCCUACGUUGACGAACAUCAACACUUCUUCAUUGUCGACCGCAAGAAGGAGUUGAUUAAAGUCAAGGGUCUUCAGGUUGCCCCUGCAGAGCUCGAAGCUUUGCUGUUGGAUCACCCAGACGUGCAAGAUGCUGCAGUGAUCGGUGUCACCGUCGAUGGCGAGGAAUAUCCACGAGCAUAUAUUGUACCCCAGUCGCAAGAUAAAGCUACGCCACAGGCGGCCAACGGUAUCAAGUCUUGGCUGGCCGAGCGCGUCUCUAAGGCGAAGCGACUCGAAGGUGGAGUGCACUUCAUUGAUGCCAUUCCAAAGAACCCGUCUGGUAAGAUUCUGCGAAAGGAACUUAGAGAAAAGGCUGCGCGGGAAAACAACAAAUCAAAGCUCUGA